ACCCAACUUGGAAAUCACCCAACCUGAUUACAACCAGCAAAUUAUUGACUUGAACCGAACCCGACUUGAACUCGAGAAUGACUGACCUGAUUUUAAUUCGCAAAUUAUUGACUUGAACCAAACCCGACUCAAACCCGAUAAUGACCCAAUUUGAUUCUAACAUGCAAAUUAUUGACUUGAACCGAACCCGACUCGAACUCGAGAAUUACCCUAACCCGUUUUAACCCGUGAAAGCCCGAUUCAAACCAUACCUAUUGUUUACCCGACCCAAAUGUAACUCGACCUGUUAUUAACCCGACUUAAACCCGACCCAUACCCGAUAAGAAGUAUGACCCGACGUGACCCGAUUCAAGCAUGACCCAACCCAAACCCGAACCGCAUAGGUUAUGGAAUUAAUUUGAAUUGACCCGACCUGAGUUGACCCGGUCCAAACCUGACCCGUUUACCGAAUUGAUAGCUCUACUCGUGGUUUCAAAAAAAAAGAAAAAAAAGAAAUAGUACACGUAUGAAUAGCAUGUUUUGUUUUCUUAAACAAUACGAGUGGUAUACUUGUUUGGCUUAGAUUUAGGCUUGAUUUGUGCUCGUGUUAUGUUGGAUUCGAGUUUCUCUUUGUGACUUGUGUGAUCAUAUCAUUUUUUUUUUAUUAUUAUUAUUUGAAACAUUAAUCAAUCGCAUUAUGUUAAAAAUCGCCAAUUCUAUAUUCGAGUAAUAAUGUAAUAUAGAUGUGAUUAUGAGUCAGUUCACGUUGUUGGCUAAAUAAUCUCAUUUCCGACCUAAUAGUGAGCUAGAUCGAAAACUUUAUGUCUGAAAUAUAAAAGAGCAAACUUUGAGCUAUAUAGGCCAAAAAUUGAUGCCCAACCCAAAAUUGCUGCCCAAACCCGCCAAAUUUGCGGCGUAGGAGAUGUGUUUGAUAACUUUGAUUAGCAUUGAUAUCGUUACUAAUACUAGUAGGUGUGAUUAGCUCUUGACUCAUGCAACAAGCUGAUGAAUUUGGUAUGCCACACCCAAAGAGCCAAACUUGUAGCAAAACAACUCAUAAAACUCAACUCCCAAUUGUCGAAACUUACCCGCUCAAAUCGUCACCAUGAUUGUCUCUCUCUUUUCCUGCAAAUCCAUUCAUCUGAUGGCUUGAACCCAGAUCAUUAUUCUCUCUCUUCUGCUCUUACUGCCUCUGCCAACAUACCCAACUCCAGAUUUGGAAACCAGCUUCAUGCUCAUGCCAUUUUCACUGGACUUAAAGCUUUCCCCCAUGUCUCAAACACUCUCCUUUCACUCUAUGCCAAAACUGAGGACUUGGGUUCUGUCAAAACUGUGUUUUCUGAAUUGGGUUCCCCUGAUAAUUACUCUUGGACUACUUUGUUAUCGGCAUAUACUAAGUUGGGUCAGGUUGAUUAUGCCUGCCAACUGCUUGAUGAAAUGCCUGUGAGAAAUAUUGCGCCUUGGAAUGCUGUAAUUACUGGUUGUUCUGAAAUUGGGUAUGAUGAUAUUGCAUUUGAAUUGUUUGGGAGAAUGCAUAUGUUGGGUGUGAGGCAUGACAAUUACACUUUUGCUUGCGUUCUUAGCUUGUGUUCUGUUGUCGAAUUACAUGGCUUUGGGAAGCAAGUGCAUUCGUUGGUGUUUAAGAGUGGGUGUUUGGGUUGGAGCUCGGUGGUGAAUUCUUUGCUUACAAUGUAUUUUAACACUGGAAAUUCCAUUGAUGCUCGUAAAUUUUUUGAAGAUGCAGAUGAGAUGGUGCGCGAUGUGAUUACCUAUAAUGCAAUGAUCAAUGGGUUAGCAAGUCUUGAGAGGAAGGAAGAGGCUUUGGUUAUAUUUCAAGAAAUGUUAGAGGCUCGAUUAAGACCUACUGAAUUAACUUUUGUGAGCCUUAUGAGCUCGGGUUUGGUUCUCGACAUGUGCCUCCAGUUACAUGCUCAGGCUGUAAAGGCAGGUUAUGAACCUUGCACAGCUGUGAGCAAUGCUGCCAUGGCCAUGUAUGCUGAGCAUGGGCUGUUAGAUUCUGUUAGAAAAAUGUUUGAAAAAUUGGAAGUGAAGGAUGUUGUUUCAUGGAACACUAUGAUAGCUGGAUAUGCUCAUAACAAUGAUAUUCAAUUAGCAAUCUCAACUUACAUGAAAAUGCAGAGGAUUGGGUUUGUUCCAGACGAGUAUACAAUCGGAGCCCUCUUAUCUAGCUCAGGUAGCUUAGAAAUUGUCCAGAUGAUCUAUGCCCUUGUGAUGAAAAAUGGCCUCAGUUUAACAAGUGAAGUUAUUAAUGCUUUGGUGUCUGCAUGCUCUAAGCAAGGUGACAUUGAUCUGGCCUGUCAAAUAUUCUGCAGCAUGCACUCUAAGAAUCUGAUUACCUGGAAUGCAAUUAUCUCGGGAUUCUUGUUAAAUGGAUACCCUGUGCAAGCUCUUGAACUGUUUCUUCAGCUACAGAAGUCAAAAAUCAGACCAGAUGUAUACACUUUAACUAUUGUAUUGAGCAUCUGUUCCAGCGUCUCAGCCUUAAGUCAUGGAAAGCAGGUCCAUUGCUAUAUCCUAAGACGUUUAUUUCUAAAUGAAAUCUCCUUGGGGAAUGGCCUCAUCACCAUGUAUGCAAAAUGCGGGCUUCUGGAUUGGUCUGUUAAGGUAUUUAAAUGCAUGAUCACAAAGAACAUUGUGAGUUGGAAUGCCAUAAUCUCUGCAUUAGCACAAUAUGGAGAAGGGAAACUAGCUGUCAGGUACUUCACAUUGAUGCAUAAUGAGAUUGGGCUUAAACCUGACCAAGCCACUUUUACUGCUGUUUUAUCUGCUUGUUGUCGUGCUGGUUUAAUUUGCGAUGGCAUUCGCAUAUUUAAUGCAAUGAUUAAUGAUUAUGGGUUGGAACCUGGAAUAGAUCACUUUUCUUGCCUUGUAGACCUGCUAGGACGAGCUGGAUACAUUGAUGAGAUGGAGAGACUAAUUGAGAGUGAGGAUUACAAGGCUAAUCCGAAUAUUUGGUGGACUCUGUUUAGUGCAUGUGCAGUCUAUGGAAAUGUAAGGCUGGGAAGGAUUGUUGCUGGGUUGCUUCUUCAAACUGAGAAAAACGACCCAGCAGUUUAUGUAUUGCUGUCAAAUAUUCAUGCAAAUGCUGGACAAUGGGAAGAUGCAGCUCAAGUUAGGGAAUUGAUGAAAACAGUUCGAGUUAUAAAGCAACCUGGGUGCAGUUGGAUCAAGCCAUAGUAAUGUCGAAAAAUCAAUUUGACCGUCUUCUUUAACACAACUUCAUUAGUGCCAGCUCCAGCUUCAGAAUAUUGACUCGAUUGUUCUGAUAUUUGGUUUGUGGUGGUUUCAGUAGAUAGUGAACAAAAAAAUUAGAGCUCUUAAUUCAGAAAUUCAAGAGGAAAGAGAACGGCCUUGGACAAUCGUUUCAGAAAUCCUACAUCUCCUGAGAAUGCCUCCUUUAGCUCUGGGGUCCAUUGAUAUUGCUUGCUACUGCCUUACGCCCUCACAACAUACAUACACUAACCAAGCUUUAUCCCUUAAUAUAUGCAGCAUCUUUGUCUGACUGUAGUCCUUGUUUAUUGUUUUUAUGGGAAUAGCACAUAUUAUUAGCUAUAGCAGGUAGCAAUCUGGCGUUGUAUUGAAACAAAUGGACCUCCACCAUCCAUCACCUGCCUAAUGAAUAAUACAGUAUUUAAACGAAAAACCAAAUAAUUAAAAAAUAAAUACAAAAAACGCAU